CAACCUGAUGCAGGCGCACAACUUUCCUCCGCACUGUGGUUCUGCCUGUGAAGACGCCUGCUCCUCCUGCUCCUCCUGCUCCUCCUGCUUCUGCUCCUGCUGCUCCUCCUGCUCCUCGGUGCUUUUGUGCGUUUUUAUUCGCCAGGACGUCGUUGAUCUGCGCUGACUUUGAUUAUUUCUCCUGGAGGAAACCAAGAAGACAAAGAACUUUACACUCGUCGAUACCAGGGUGUCCGGUAUAACACGGACCACUGCACGGCGAACAGAGGACACCAAGUACACCUCGAGAGCUCCAUCAGUUUUCAAAAUUUUCUCCAACUUCAGCCCUCAGACAAACAUUAGCAUGAUGUCGUAUCUAAAGCAACCACCUUACACAGUCAAUGGCCUCAGCUUAACAACUUCUGGCAUGGACCUCUUACAUCCAUCAGUGGGCUAUCCAGCAACGCCGCGGAAGCAGAGGCGAGAAAGGACUACUUUUACGCGGGCGCAGCUCGACGUUUUGGAGGCGUUGUUCGCAAAAACUCGAUAUCCGGACAUAUUCAUGCGUGAAGAGGUAGCGCUGAAAAUCAAUCUACCUGAGUCCAGAGUACAGGUUUGGUUUAAGAACCGACGGGCAAAGUGUCGCCAGCAGCAGCAGCAGCAGCAGAACGGAGGCCAGAACAAGGUGCGACCUGCCAAGAAGAAAAGUUCCCCGACCAGAGAAGUGAGCUCAGAGAGCGGGGCCAGCGGACAGUUCACGCCCCCCACCAGCACCACCACAGUCCCCGCCAUUUCCACCAGCACCGCCCCGGUGUCCAUCUGGAGCCCGGCGUCCAUCUCUCCGCUCUCAGACCCCCUGUCUACCUCCUCCUCCUGCAUGCAGAGGUCCUACCCCAUGACCUACACCCAGGCCUCGGGCUACAGCCAGGGCUACGCCGGCUCGACGUCCUACUUCGGCGGCAUGGACUGCGGCUCUUACCUCACCCCCAUGCACCACCAGUUGUCGGGCGCGGGCUCGACGCUCAGCCCGAUGAGCACGAACGCGGUCACAAGCCAUCUGAACCAGUCCCCGGCGUCCCUCUCCACCCAGGGCUACGGGACGUCCGGCCUCGGCUUCAACUCCACAGCAGACUGCUUGGAUUAUAAGGACCAGGCGGCGUCGUGGAAGCUGAACUUCAAUGCCGAUUGCUUGGAUUAUAAGGAUCAAACUUCCUCGUGGAAAUUCCAGGUCCUGUGAACAGAGCAAUCAGCUGUUGAAAAAAAGUGCACAAACAGUGACGAUCACAUCAGACACACACUGCUGCCAUCCCUCCAUAAAACGCACCAGACUGGUUGAAGUGUGAGCCGGGCGAGGCUGGGCUCUCAGGGGCCUCUAGGUUAUUUUUUUGUUGGCAUGAUGGUCUUUGGUCCUCCUAGAGGAGAGGUUUAAUUUAUUUUAGCACUGGCAAAGAGAUCCCCCUCCUCGUUCAUUCACAGGUUGUAGCCCCUCAUCCAUGUCUGUCAGUGUGUGCCUCUGUGCGUAAAAACACCUGUUGAGGAGAGCGCACAGAGAGAAAAGAACAACACAGCCACGGAACUAAUGUUUAUCCAAGAACUCGACUCCAGUUCACUGUUAUCUGGUGAAGAGCUCGGGAUGGACAGACCCUCCUUUCAGCUUCUUACACUUUGCCGCCCUGCAGGCAGAGGGACACGGGGAUGGUGUGUGGACAUGGAUGCACUACUUUAUUUAAGAAAAAAAGUGUUUAUAAGGAAUCAAUAUGUAGUUUCUAAGAGACAAUCAGUGUGUGUCUUAUAUAAAUGGUACAUAUGUGUUUUUUUUAUCUGUGCUAGCCUUCGAAACUGUGAUCUGUUGUAUUGUAUGCAAUUUGUGAGCCCCCCCCCCCCUCGCACCAGACUCUCUGCUGUGAUUUUAAUAGAUUUCUAACUUUUUUUUUCCUCCUCCUCUGAACAACAAAAGAUGCUAAUGGUUAAAUCACCGGCAUCACAAAAGAGAGACGAGACUUUCCAGGCGCACGGUGGUCGUAAUAAUCCAGGGUUAGCCAUACUGGAAAAGACUCUCGGCUGCUGAGAGCUGCGCAUUUGCUCCCCUCCAUUGAUCUGAACGCACGGUGAUUGUGGAUCCUUUAUUGGCUCCAAAGAUGGUGUGACCUCACCGCUGAAAAGACAUGAAUAAAGGUCCUGUGAGCUUA